AUGUCUCCAAUAAAGGACUUCACUCUGACAUAUGAAGCUUUCAACCCUGAGGGCUUCUCCGAGGGCGACACCAUCACAGGCACAGUGACUUUGAUUUUGACUAAAGACACCAAGGUCAAGAGCAUCUUUGUCAAAGCCAAAGGGGACGCGAGCGUCCGCUGGCUAGAGGUGAACGCAAACGGGUGGCAAUUUCACAGAGCGCACAGAAGAUGUUUCAAAGUGAAAGAAUACCUGGUCAAAGAAGCUGCCAAAGGCACUGUACUUCCCCAAGGAGUCAAUCACUUCAAAUUCAGCCUUACAUUCCCACUGAUGGACAUGCCAUCAUCGUUCAAGGGACCUCAUGGAAAAAUCGUUUACAUGCUCAAGGCUAAGGUGUCCAGGUCCUCGGGGCAGCCUUCACAAGUACAACGCAAGAUCAUGUUUAUUUCAAAGUCGCUCCUACACCUUAACCAGGUAGAAUUGAACGGUUCAGUGUACAAAGAAAUGGGGAUUUUUUCUAAAACAAAGGUCAAAAUGUUUGUGACCGUCGACAGAAGGAUUUACUCUCCAGGUGACACUGUGUCAGUUGUUGUCAACAUCCACAACUCCACCUCCAAAAAAAUGAAGCCCAAAUUCAUUUUGCAGCAGAAAACAAGGUACAGCACCAGAAUCUCCGUUAAAACCUGUGUCAAACAUCUGUGCAAAAUGGUUGGGGACACAAUCACACCGAAAUCACAGCAAACGGUCUCCUGCCAGUUGAAGAUUCCUGAUGAUGCCUUCCACACUGUCACUAACUGUGAGCUUAUCUCAGUUGAAUGUUACCUCAAGGUGUAUUUGGACAUCAGCUUUGCUACUGAUCCAGAGGUGGUGUUUCCACUGGUCAUCAGCCCCUUUUCCUCUGUGCGUGCAGAGGCUGUGGAGACGUACCCAGCUGGGGCCUCUGGGGGCCUGAGUGAGAGCGACUUCUCUCCCUCUGCUCUGCCUGCUGAAAAUCAUACAUGGACGUAA